UCUGACGAGCCUGUGAGCUCUCCAGAUUUUAUCUCGAGCUCAGAGGAUUUUGACCGCUUAGCUUGUUUCGCCUCGUGUAAACAAUACCAGUGUAAUAUUUAAUGAUGUUUGUACUAAACAGUCAUCACUGGAUUCAGAAAUGUUUGUUACCUCGCCAUGCUGGUGCUGUAGUGAGCACAAUGCGUCAAAUAAGGCUGGAGACUUAUAUCAAAUCAGAUAGACAUCAAGACAUGUCUUUGAGGAGAACAUUUCCACAUCAGAGUCUCGGAGUAACAAACCUUCACACCUCUGCUGGUGUGUGUCGCGAUCUGCUGAAGAAGAUGCUCACUAACAAGAGGAAGAAGAAGUGGUAUAAAGCUCCUCAGUCUGUACUCACAGGUCAGACUGGCUUCAUGAAACCAGCCAAGAAAAGAAGCCUGGAGGACAGUUUACGGGUUCGAACCCUGAACACCAUUCUUUAUAAGUCCAUCUCAGACCUGCUGUCCUCUCAUGAGGUUCAUGCACAGCUCCCCAGUUACAACGUGGAGAUCACUAAAGUUUCUCUGCUAGCAGAUUACACUGUUUGUCGAAUCUACUGGAAGACAAGUUUGUCCUCUGACCAAGACAGUCAGAUUCAGCAGAUUUUGGACAAAUGUGCCCCACGAAUACGAUACCUUCUCAUCUCACAGCAGAUCUUGGGCAGUGUUCCUCCAUUAGUUUUUAUCCUAGAUAAACAGUAUGCGGCUCUGAAAGAGGUGGAAAAUCUUCUAAAUAUUGCUGAUUAUGGCCCCAGUGAUGACUCGGAGAAUCUUGUCCUUAAUGGGAAAGAUGCUGAGACAAGUGUGCACACAGUGGAGAAGAAGAGAUUCGUGUUUGGUAUUGAUCACGACGCGCUCUAUAAACAGAUCGAAGACUAUAAACAGCGGUCGAGCAGCUCUAGCUCAGAGAUCAGCAACUCAGCGUCUCUAACUCAAGAGCAGCUAGACACGUUAGCCGAGAUCAGGAAGCAGAAGCUUGUCGAGAAAAAGAAACGCAAAGCGAAGAAACUGAAAGAUGAUGACAUCACACCCAAGGAGUUCCUGCUCAUGAGGCAGCUUCAGAAAGAGCAGGAUGAGCAAUAUCGCACCGAGUAUGACACAGAGGACAGUCAGGCCUCAGAGCGGACAUGAUGAAAGGAACCAUUGGAAAAGAGAAUUGAAAUUCAACUUGAGACAGAGAAAUUAUUUCUCUUGGGAUGUUUGUUACAUCCGUGUCAUUUUCUCAUCUUAGUAAGCAUUUUGGUCUGCUUACUUUUAUAUUGUGGGUAUUUUUGUGAAAAAUAAAAUUCCAUAUGGGUA